AUGGCGGGGAAGAGGUUGUUUCAAGAUCUUGAUUCUGAUCAAGAAGAGAAAACCGAGAAACGCAUAAAAUCUCUACCAUCCGUUGCCUCUAUGGUUAGGGCAAUGAUUACAGAGAAUACCAUGACGAACUUUUCUGUUGCCCUAGAGCCCUUUCUUAGAAAAGUUGUCAGCGAAGAAGUGGAACAUGGAAUAAGUAAAAGACUCCGAUCAAUUUCCCGAUCAUCGUCGUUUGGGAUCGAAGCUCCGGAUAAUACUACUCCGAAAUUAAAGCUAAUGUUCGGUAAGGACUUAAUGACACCAAUAUUCACCGGAACUAAAAUCAUUGACGUGCACAACAAUCCACUUGAGAUCAUCCUUGUUGAUGCUUCAAGCAAUGAUCAUUCGAUGGCUCCGGUUAAUCUCGACCGUCCGAUCAAACUAGACAUCGUUGCUCUUCACGGAGAUUUUCCUUCCGGCGAGAAAUGGAGUAGUGAUGAGUUUGAGCGUAAUAUAGUCAAAGAAAGAGAUGGGAAACGGCCCUUACUUGCCGGAGAAAUAACUGUGACGGUGAGAAACGGCGUUGGAACGAUCGGAAAUAUUGAGUUUACUGAUAACUCGAGUUGGAUUCGUAGCCGCAAGUUUAGAAUCGGAGUAAAAGUUGCGAAAGGAAGUAGCGGUCAAGGCGUUGCGGUUUGUGAAGCCAUGACUGAAGCGUUUGUUGUUAAAGAUCAUCGUGGAGAAUUGUACAAGAAACAUCACCCACCAAUGUUAGAAGACGAAGUGUGGCGGCUAAAGAAGAUAGGCAAAGAUGGGGCCUUUCACAAGAAGCUCCAAGAAAAUAAUAUCAACACUGUUCAAGACUUUUUGAAGUUAUCCGUCGUUAACGUCGACCAACUUCGUCAGACUAUGGGUACUGGAAUGUCUGAUAGAAUGUGGGAUGUAACGUUGAAGCAUGCUAGAGAGUGUGUUUUGGGAGAUAAGUUGUACAUUUUUAGAGAACAAAAUGUUUUCAUGAUUUUGAACCCGAUAUGCGAAGUUAUGAAAGCAAUUGUCGAUGGUCAAGAAGUGCUUAAUCAGCAAUAUGUUAAGACCUUAGCUCAACAAGCUUACACAAAGUGGAACUUGUUAGAAGUGGUGGAAAGAACACAGAACGAGGCUGCCCUUUUGACACAAGGUGAUACAUUGGACCAACAAUAUGGUGCCAAUCACUACCACAACAUCGAAAUCAAUAGAUUGUAUCAACAAACCGAAUGUGUUCCAGGGAGAUCUAUGAACAGUUUGGCGUUAGUAAACCACGGAUACAUAACUACUCCCGCGGAGUUCGAUAUUUGUUUUGAUAUUGCCGGAUCUUCGUCCCACAAUCACAGAAACCCUUUCUAA